GGACCGUCGCUGCCGACGCUGUGACCUCGACGGGUUGUGAAUAGUCCAGUACGCGAGAUCACCGCGUGGCCGUGUGUUCCGUCCGCCGCCGUCCAACGGCCACCCGACACGGUAUGGGGGCGACAUCUGCGAGCGAUUCCGACAACCACGACGGCCUCGAGGGCUCGCAGCUCCUCCGCCAGGUUUUCGUGGGCAUCACAGUUGCCAUGGCGACGGCGUCGGCUGGGGCUCAUUCGACCAUUCCUUCCGUCCUGCUGCCAAAGCUCAUGGUGAAUAACUCAGCGAUACCCAUCACAAUGCAACAAGGAACAUGGUUUGCCAGCAUGCACGCUCUGUCUGCGAUCGCCGGCUCGGCGUUCGGCGGUGUGACAGUCCACCACCUGGGCCCGCGGCGGGUGCUGCUGCUGCAGGCGCUGCCCUGCAUCGCCGGCUGGCUGCUCAUGGCACUAGCCUACAACUUCCCCAUGCUGAUCGUGGCCCGGUGCUUGAUAGGCUCGUCUUGUGGCCUGGCCUUGAGCGCAGGCCAGGUGUACCUCGGCGAGUCGUCUUCACCUCAGAUUCGUGGACGAUUGGUCUGCAUCAGCGGGCUGAUGAACAACCUGGGAUGUCUGAUGAGCUAUAUCUGCGGUUACGUGCUGCCCUGGCGCUGGGUGCCCGUCGCGCCCGUUCUGGUACUGCUCGUACCCAGCGUCGUGGGCUUGAUCUUUGUGCCCGAGUCACCCUAUUGGCUGCUGGGGCGGAAGCAGCACGAGCCUGCGCGACGAAGCCUGCGCGUGCUGCGCGGAGACGAUGACGUGGCGGAGCGGGAGCUGCGGAUCAUCGCUGAGGCGAGCAAGGCCCGCCAGAAGCCGCUCACCAUGUGGGAGCUGGGGCGAGAGAUGCGCAAGCUGUCCGUCCUGGCGCCGUUCCUCACCAUCACCGCGCUCUUCUUCCUACGAGUGUGCACCGGUUUUAUGACCGUGCUCACGUACACGGUGGUGAUCUUCCGGGAGACGGGGUCCGCGCUGGGCAGCUACGAGUCGGCAAUCCUGCUCGGCAGUAUGCGAGCAUUUAAUGCCGUCUGCUGCGUGCUGUAUGUCAGCGACAGGUUCGGCAGGCGUCCCCUCCUUUUAUUUUCCGGCAUCGGAUGUUCGCUCACGGCACUGGGCAUAGCCGCGUUCCUGUUCGCUCGUGAUCACGCGCCGCAUUGGCCCGGCUGGCAGCGCAUCUCCUGGCUGCCACUUCCACUCAUCCUGAUGUUUAUAUUUUCCUUCGACUACGGCUUUGCGCGCACUGGGUGGGUGGUGCAGUCUGAACUCCUUCCGAACCGCGUGCGCUCGGCGCUGUCCGGUGUUAACAUUCUGACUCAUUACGUGUCCACCUUCGCAGCCGUUUUCUCUUUCCCUUACAUGCGCGAGGCGUUCACACUUGCGGGCACCUUCUGCGUGUUUUCUUUCUUUAGCUUCCUCGGCCUCCUUCUCACGAUCUUCUUCAUUCCCGAGACGAAGAACCAGAGGUUGGAAGCGAUUGAAGCUUUCUAUGUGAAGCGCUUUGGUGGGCACCAAGAAGAGCCUGCUGACGUGACGAAAGCUUCAACUGACAACACCUGACCAAGCUCAGCAAAUGCACGACCCCUGGCUAUGUUGUGUAAAGGCUAUCACAUUAGUCAUUGUGAAGUUGUGUGUUAGUAAGACAUGAAUGCGCAAUGUAUCACAUAU